UCGAGGCAAACUACUCCAGUAGCUUAGCAACGAGCAAGCCCUUCGACAAACCUUUCAACAUGUGCACCCUCGUAGCGGUCUUCCUCGUCGCUGUUCUUUCGGUAGCGGCUGCGGCUCCUUCGGCGAUUUUGGCACCUGGAGCAGCUCUGGCUGGUCCUCACCUAGGCCCUGCUGCCCUCAGUGGACCGAUCGUAGGACCCGCCGCCCUUGCAGGACCAGCUACCGGACCUGCUCGCCUCUCAGGAGCUGUGGAUGGUGGCGCCAUAGUGACUGGAGCAGUUGCUGGACCCUCUCUAGUUUCCGGUAGCGUUGCCGGUGUAGCUGCACCCUGGCCAGCUGUAGCCGCUCCUUGGGGUGCACCAUGGGGAACCGUCUUGGCUGGACCUGCAGCACAUCCUGCAGCCCUUGCCGGUCCCAUCACCGCUCCAGCACUUAUUGCAGGACCAUCCGGUAGCAUAGCAGCUGGACCAGCUGGAGUUGGAAGCAUCCUUCGCGCUGAUGGCCACUGGUAAUUCUUAGCUCACGCUGGACACCCAUACACACAAUGACAUCUUCGACUGAUCUCCUCCGAUGCCUGCCAUUUUGAAACCGACCGCGCCACGAUCUCCGUCAUUUACCGCUAGUACCUCCGUCAUUGUAUCUUUUAUAUAUAUUUCGUGUACAUAACAAUGUAUCGUUUAUAUUUUUAUUUUAUGUAAUAAUAAACGCAUACCACUUUGGAGAGGAA